AUCCUGCUAAAAUCACCUAAUCCUUCAAUUUUCCCGCCAUGUCAAUUCUCACCCCUAAAGCCCUAUCCCCUUCUCCUUGUCUUGGGAAACCCAGAAACCCAAUUCCUAAUCCCAAAUUUCGAAGCUUCAAACCCCAUGUUACCCAAUUUCACUGCACAUGCGAGCGUCAGACCGAGAGGGGUAUCGAGUUCGAUACCGGAGAGAGUUUCUUCCGCCAUGAAAGUGCCACAGGCCGGGACUUGGGAGUCCUGGCCGCAGCUCUCUACAGGCAAUCAAAGGGAAGUUUACGAGUCCUGGACGCAAUGUGUGGCUGUGGAAUACGGUCUUGUCGCUAUUUACUCGAAGCCAAAGCAGAUUUUGUGUUGGCAAAUGAUGCAAAUGAUGAGUACAGAGGGAUUAUUGUGGGGAACUUGAAGAAAGUAGAGAGGGGCUUUGGGGAUACGAGGAGAUGGGUUGUUUCUCACUUUGAUGCAAAUAGAGUUUUGACGGAAUGUUACUUGCAGAGGGAUUUUUUCGACUUGAUUGAUAUCGAUUCGUUUGGGAGUGAUUCCUUGUUUUUGAGGUCCGCUAUGAGUGCUCUUAGAUUGAAUGGAUUGCUUUAUCUUACUUCCACUGAUGGGUACUCUUCAGGUGGUCACCGGCCUCAUUGUUCCUUAGCUGCAUAUGGAGCAUAUAUACGCCCUAUGCCUUGCUCCAAUGAGAUCGGUUUGCGAAUGCUUAUAGGUGGGGCUGUGAGAGAAGCAUCUCUGCUGGGUUAUCAUGUCACUCCACUCUUUUCAUACUACUCGUAUCACGGACCAGUUUUUAGGGUCAUGCUCCAAGUAAAUCGAGGGAAGGAACAUGAGAACAGGCAUUAUGGAUUCAUCAGCUACUGCAGCCAAUGUGGAAAUACUCGAUCAUUUUCAUGGGAGGAGCUUGGUCAAAUUAGUUGUUCUUGCAGUAGCAAUAAGGAUUGUAGUCCGGUUACUGUUUCAGGACCCUUAUGGAAGGGACCUCUUCAUAAUGCUGCCUUCAUUGCAGAAAUGUUAAAUUUAGCUGAGCAAUGGGGAUGGAUAGGAAACAGCACGGGAGCUGAUUUGGAUAAACUAUUGAAAAGGAUGUUAGAUGAAAGUGAUCCCAGGUUACCUGUUGGCUACAUCAAAAUGGAUGAGAUGGCAAGCCGUGCAAAAAUCAACUCACCUUCACUGAAGACCAUGAUGAGCACCCUCCUCAAGGAGGGGUAUGCUGUUAGUCGGUCGCACAUUGCUUCCAAUGCAAUCAAGACAAACUGUACUAUGAAGGAAUGCAUCAGGAUUGCCAAGGAGAUACAAGGUGCUCAAAAUUUGGAUGUAAAGUGAUUUUAGAGUAGGCAUACUGAUCUUAGGAGCUGGAGAAGUGUUUUUCCUGAGAUUGAAAAUGCUCAGUAGCAGAGAUGGUAUUGAUUCUCUCCCAUGGAUUGAGUUGAAACUUGAUAAAGAAAGUUGACUUUUUGUAUUUGCAUAUAAAGUAUUGAUUUUAUUGCAACAAAUGGGAUAGGGUAGGACAAAAUGUAUUUGUAAUUUCAUGUCACUGAACACUUUAGAUUUUAUCAAAUAUUCUUUUGAGUUAAUGAAAAAUAAAAUAACAACAAAUCAGUUAUAAUGAAA